AUGGAGAGGAGCGGAUAUGAAGAUUUUGAGGCGGGUCUGGUGCGGGAAAAUAGGGGGCUCCGGAAUAAUGAUGAGGUUGACUAUGGGUUGGGGGAGGGGGGCGAGGGGAGGAGGUAGCAAGCAAGUGUUUCGAGUGAAACGACUGCUCAGGAUGUCAUUCUUUCUUAUUGCAACUGCAUGUAAGUUGCAUCUUUAACUGCCACGAUCUUCUUUGCAUUUAUUUCCUCAUUUUGUGGUUCCAAUAUAAGGAUUUCAUAUAUUCAUAACGUCAUCCAGUUCAUCUUUCCGAAAAUUUUGUGAGUGGCCUGCUCCCCAUUGGCUUGGUAGCUCGGUUGGUUAGAACAGGCUGCAUCAGUAUUGCAGAGGCCAGGGUUUGUAUCCCGGCAAACCUAAAGUUAUCCAUACUUUGAGUUCUCCAACUGCAAUGAUCUUCUUUGCAUUAUUUUUUAUAAAAUAACUAAGAUAGUACGCGCGCUCUGAUUGGCUGAGAGGAGUGUUUGCAUGAGAGUAUGUAAACAUGGCUUUGACGUGAGAUGUUUUGCUUUUCGCGCGCUAAUCACGCAAGCACGAAUUUGAAAUAAUUUUAGUGAUCAAAACUCGACAAGUUUACUUUAUUUACCCAUUCCUUCGUCGGCUAAAACUUGGAAAAUCUUUACAAACAAGCAGAGUCAGCCUUUUUUCGCUUAAGCUGACAUUUUAAGCGAGAAAAUCCGUAUUUUGGAAAGCAUCUUUUCGCAAAACAAGAACUGAUUACGCGUGCAAGACUUCCUGUACAAGACUUUGCCACUGGAAAGAAUUUAUCUUUUAAUCAGUGCCGUAACAAAGAGUUUUGCGUUUUUUCUCAGGAAAUUUAUUUUAUAAAAAUAAUAGAAAACUUUUUUCCGAUGUUUGCAUAGCCUGAUAUAAACACUCGACGGAUUGGGAGAAUUCUUGACAGUUAUCCAAACCCUUGACUUCGUCUCGGGUUUGCAUAACUGCCUCGAAUUCUCCCAACCCCUCUCGUGUUUAUAUCAAGCUAUGCAAACACGGAAAACGUUUUCAAUUGCUUAAAUAAUGACUAAUAAUACCAGUUGCCUUUUUAUAAUUGCACAAUUGUUACUUUUGGAGAGCGGUUACUUUUAUGGUGAUGCUCUAUGCUAGUUUUACAUUUACAAUUUUAGACAGUCAGUUACAAAUGGCUCUUUCCAGAGUAUCUCUUUUAAUCUAACAAUUGUACUGGAGUAUAAUGGUUUCUUAAAUAGGUGUAGCCAAGCCAUAGAUCCAAGGAUCUUUAAACUGGGAUGCCUUGGUCCUGCUGUAAGUAUUUAUUUAUUCUCUUCCCCUGCCCACCCACCCCACAGGACCUGGUAUUAGCCUGAACCAGAUUAAGGAUGAAUCAAUUGACACAAUUGAGUAAAGGGCUGCAGGUUACCACUCCAUUAAUCGAAAAAUAUAUAUUGCAACAAAGGUUAAUGGUAAGGUCAUUUUUCCAACUGAAAAAUUACCAUUUACAUUUUACUCUUGGAUCCAGUUUCACUUAACACAUAGUCUGAAUUGCGCAUUUUUUGGAUUCAAAGCAUACAUUAUAUUUCCCUGUAAAAGGCAAUUUUGUAGUAACCUGGUAAAUUGACCAUCAUUAUGCCAAUGCACAAACCAUUUGGGUCUUUCUGUGAAAUGGUUAACAUCCACAUUACUGCAGAUCACUGAAUGCUUGAGCUGCUAUCUAGGAGAGUCUUGGGCCGUGGCAAACAGAAAAUUGUUCUUAGAAGCUGUGAAUGUCAUCUGUCUCUUUGCACCACCCCCAACGGGUGGCUAGGCGAGAGAGACGUCUGAAUUCCGAGCGUUAUAAUGCUGACCCGUGACGUCACCUACUUUCACAAUAAUAAUAAAAUACAAUUAUACAAGAAUUUAUGUAGCGCCAUUUCGAUGAGCUCAAUGGUGCUUUACAAUAAUCGUAAUUCUAAAACUAAAAAACAUUUGGGUUAUUAAAGAAAAUAUAUGACAGUUUUAAAAAAUCAAUUUCUAAAAGAUAAGAUACAUUCGACUUGGUAAGAUAAACUAAGGAAAAUAUGUGUAAUAAAAAGAAAAAGGCUCGUCAACCAACUAAUAAAAGCCUCUCUAAAAAGUAGUGUUUUAAUCCUAUUCUUAAAAACAUCAAGGUUCUGGAUUGAUCUUAUGUCAUCGGUUAGGGAGUUCCAGGGCCUGGGCGCAGCAACUUUAAAAGAUAUGUCACCGUAAAACUUGAGAUUAGACUUUGGUGUUACAAGCAGAUUUUUUCAAGAAGAUCGUAAUUGCCUCGUCAAAGUAUAGGGCUGAAGGAGAUCUGCUAUAUAUUUUGGCGCCAUGCCAUUCAGUGCUUUGUUCGUAAGAAGUAGUAUUUUGUACGUAAUUCGCUGUCUGACUGGUAGCCAGUGAAGUCUAGGAGCUUCUAAUUUCUGGUCACCAGUUGAGCUGCGCAGUUUUGUAUACUACCUUUUGUGAAUAUGGUAGGUAUUUUUUCGUUAGCUAUUACCUUUGGCCUUUCCGAAUUAGGAAUUGGAAAACCUUUUAUGAUUAGCUGAACGCGAUAAGAAAAACAUCCGGUUUGAAAUAGUGUUGAUAGGCUAAACAAGGCUUAACCUUGCUCCCAGGUUCUCUCCUAGUUGAACGAGACUGAAAAUUGCUCGAAAUAAAGUGAAACGUGCGUGGCCUUCGAAUUAGCCUUUCUUCACAAAGUUAAGACUUUACCAUAGAAGCAUCUGACGAGGAACGCUUUAAUACCGAAACUGCAGUCUUGCUUUGAACACUUCAGUAGCAAAAAUGUAUUACCCGUAGUACAGUCACAUGCCAAAACAAAGCUAAUCCCAACAGAGAAACUACAGGACAUCGCGCUCCAGUCCAAAGACUCAUUUCUCUCAAGAAAAACAGAAUGUACCGUAUCAGCGCCUUAAGAAUGAUCUUGACCCGUUGAGGAGUCAGGUGAAGAGACCGAUGACAUUUCAGACUACUCUGAAGUACUGUUUUUGUUCUUUUCUCGAAUCUAGUAAUUACUGUGAAAGGUUUGAACCCAGGAGUCAUUUCAAAAGUACAUUGAGUUUGAUCGUCUGGGUGAAGAUAGUCCUGAAUAGGACUGUUGUUGCUAGUCAUCUUCAGAGUCAAAGUGAGUUGUAUCACGUCAGUUGAUGGUAUUAUACUCUGGUUAUUGAUCUGAUUGGUUAAUUACGUCGCGAUGUUAUCAAUAACCAGAGUAUAAUACCAUCAACUGACAUGAUACAACUCACUUUGACUCUCCAGAUGACUGCCGCACAGGUAGUCGAAAAGUCAUUCACUGUCGAUAACAACUGUCCUAUUCAGGACCGGACUACGUUCACCAGGACGAUCAAACUCAACCUAUUUCUGGUAAUUACUGUUCGCCGAUCUUCCCCUCUGCCCAUCACUUUUGAAAUGUUAUCAAAAUUCAGAGGAUUUAACACUUGUUCUUUUUAGCUUGCCAUUAUUGUACUUUUGGCAUGCCUUAAACGAAGAAAACAUUUCAAACUUGAAUACUGCAAUGGAUAUCCUGGUCUCUUGACGUAAGUUUUCUAUCAAGGUAUUGAGAGAUUAGUACAUAAACUAUUAUAUCGCUUCCGGGACAUGAGUAUGUUGGCUACUCAACAAAGUUUUCAGGGUCCAACCCCUUACCCUCUUAUAUACCAGUUUUGACAAAAAAUGUACCCCUCCAUAAACUUCCAUUGAAAAAUAAUGCUCCUUUAACAUACCUAACUCAAUACGAAAAAGAACAAUAAGAACUCGUAGAAACCAUGAUUUUAAGCUAAGGCCGCAGGCCUUUCGUACUAAUUAUUUUAAGUAUUCCUUUUUUAAUCGUUAUGUCAGUGAAUGGAACUCUUUCCUGUCUAAUGUUACCUGUGAAUCUAGGCAAGUCUCCCUUUUAAUUUAUUUGCGCUCAAGUAAAGUUGUAUUUCAAUAAAAACAAUAAAUCUUAUUUUAUGUUAUUGUUAUUAUUAAACAUUAUUAUUAUCAUUAUUAUUAUUAUUAUUAUUAUUAUUAUUAUUAUUAUUAUUAUUAUUAUNGAUGUUAUCAAUAACCAGAGUAUAAUACCAUCAACUGACAUGAUACAACUCACUUUGACUCUCCAGAUGACUGCCGCACAGGUAGUCGAAAAGUCAUUCACUGUCGAUAACAACUGUCCUAUUCAGGACCGGACUACGUUCACCAGGACGAUCAAACUCAACCUAUUUCUGGUAAUUACUGUUCGCCGAUCUUCCCCUCUGCCCAUCACUUUUGAAAUGUUAUCAAAAUUCAGAGGAUUUAACACUUGUUCUUUUUAGCUUGCCAUUAUUGUACUUUUGGCAUGCCUUAAACGAAGAAAACAUUUCAAACUUGAAUACUGCAAUGGAUAUCCUGGUCUCUUGACGUAAGUUUUCUAUCAAGGUAUUGAGAGAUUAGUACAUAAACUAUUAUAUCGCUUCCGGGACAUGAGUAUGUUGGCUACUCAACAAAGUUUUCAGGGUCCAACCCCUUACCCUCUUAUAUACCAGUUUUGACAAAAAAUGUACCCCUCCAUAAACUUCCAUUGAAAAAUAAUGCUCCUUUAACAUACCUAACUCAAUACGAAAAAGAACAAUAAGAACUCGUAGAAACCAUGAUUUUAAGCUAAGGCCGCAGGCCUUUCGUACUAAUUAUUUUAAGUAUUCCUUUUUUAAUCGUUAUGUCAGUGAAUGGAACUCUUUCCUGUCUAAUGUUACCUGUGAAUCUAGGCAAGUCUCCCUUUUAAUUUAUUUGCGCUCAAGUAAAGUUGUAUUUCAAUAAAAACAAUAAAUCUUAUUUUAUGUUAUUGUUAUUAUUAAACAUUAUUAUUAUCAUUAUUAUUAUUAUUAUUAUUAUUAUUAUUAUUAUUAUUAUUAUUAUUAUCUUGAAAAUGGCUUGGCCUUUUUAUCUUUGUAGUAUUAUAUCCUAAGGAUUUUUUUUAAUGUUUUGCAUGUACAAGUUAGUUAGCUUUAUGAAAGGAAACUAGCCCUAGAAUGGGAGUGUAGUUUCCCCCUGCUGUUAUAUCCCGCCAUCUUUCCCCUCCUUUUUUAUUUUUCUCAUUGUAUUGAUGGUAAGCAUUAUUAAACUUUAACUUAAGAGUAGAAAGUCUUGUCAUUUUCGUGUGAUGUUUAAUAAUUUUAAAUGAUUUAGCCAUAAUGCACAUCUUUUCAAAACAUUUAAUCAAAGGCUCGUUAUUAAAAUACUUAAAGUAAAUGAUAAAUUUUCCCACCCUUUCACAGUGCUUUCAUAUACUUCAUCUUGUGAAUACCCUGGCCUUUCAUAUUCCGGAACCGUGAAUAACGUACCCCUUUCGGGCGAAGCCUUUAGCUCCGGGCCGUAUAGGCAAUUAUUGGAAGUGCCCCACCAGGGCGUAAAUUUUGUUUUCAUUAUACGGUCAUCUUUAGAGUCAUUAAUACAAAAGAAUGAAGCCGGGAAAAGUAAUGUUAGCAGAAUUACAUUGUAUAAUAUCAUGGGUGACAAAUUACUCCUUAAUUUUGGCGCGAAAUUUCAGGGUUAAUUUAUAAUUUCACAUGUGAAAUGACAAAAUUGCCAUGGCAACCGUUCCGACGCAGCCAAAAUGGCGUCCAGGUUUGAAGAUGUUACAGAUUCUGAUGUGGCGGCAUUAAAAGACGCUGCCGAAAACAUGAACACCCGUAAAAGCACAGUUAACUGGUUGAGAGUUUUUGAGAACUGGUGUGAUGAAAAUACCCUCGACAAAAGCGCUGAGAAGCUUCCUCCUGAACAGCUGGAUAAAGUUCUUGAGUGGUUUUAUGCCUCUGUCCGUAAACAAGACGGAACCGAGUACGAACCUGGCUCCUUAAAAGUAAUGCAAGCAGCACUUGACCGCCACCUGAAGGAGAAAGGGUACUCUUUGUCAAUUAUAAAGGACAGAGAAUUUUUGAGUUCUCCAAAAGUACUGGAGGGAAAGGUGCGUAAGCUGCGAAACGAAGGUAAAGGAAAAUUGCCAAAUGAGUCACGAAGCCUAACAAGAGAAGAAGAAGAAGUGCUGUGGGAAUGCGGACAGCUUGGAAAUUCAUCUCCAUGGUCCCUCCUUUACACAAUGUGGUGGCUCCUGUCACAGCAUCUUGGUUUACGUGGCUGCCAAGAACACUACACAAUGAAUGUGGAGGAUUUCACGCUUAAUAAAGAGGACAACGGCAACGAGUUCAUAGUAUUCGCAGAAGGCCACACAAAAACACGGCAAGGAGGAUUACGACUUCAACCAGGGUCUGUACUACCUAAAAUGUUCGCAACUGGCGACUCACGAUGCCCUGUCGCACUUUUUAAGAGUUACCUGGCCAAGAGGCCUGAAGAUUUAAAGUUAUCUGGCCCUUUUUACUUGGCGUGCAUUGACAACCCCACCAAAACAGAUGUCUGGUACAAGAAAAGCCGAAUGGGUAAAAAUGCUGUAGAAUCAUGGCAACUAUGAAAGAAAACUCACCCUUACAGGAGAUGUGUCCAGACAAAAGAUUGUCUAACUACUCGGUCCGGAAAACUGUGGUGAGGAAGCUAAAAGCCAGCGGAGUCCCAAAAUCCGAAAUAAUCACAAUAACUGGCCAUCGACAAGAACAGAGCGUGGAAGCAUAUGACUCCGGGAACGAAGAAGAGCAGCGUCAACUAUCUAACAUUAUUGAUGGCAAAGAACCCCAGUUCAACCAGACAACCAGCCGAGUUCCUCUUCAGCCGCUUAUUCAGUCAAGUGCAGCGGUUAGCAGUGGCCAUGUACAUAAUUUCCACAAUUGUAAUGUGGUGAUAAACCAAGGACAGGCUUACGCGUCGUCUUCAAUGCCAUCUUCUAACACCGAGCCGUAAGCUUCAAUAAUUUUGUCCACAUUGAUUUCCAGCUAUUCGAGUGACUUAACGCUCUUUUGCCUACAUUAUAACUUGGCGUGUUUGCUGUUUGUUAUUAACAGUCUGAAAACAUUUUCAAACACUGACAUUUUAAACUGGCAUUUAUAGAUGGUUUUCACAGUGACGUCAUCAAACUGUUAAGUCAAAACAGCGAGGUUUUACGAAUUCGUAUUUAGACUAGGUUGAAGAUAAACAAAAAAUAAAUCUUUGUUCAAGUUUCCAUUCCCGUAGCAUGUUUCAUUUCGAAAAUACAGCAAUACGAACUUCCGAGUUUUCACAGUGCGUGACACCAAAACAGGAAUGCUGUCUCGUUGAAAAAAGUCUCUCCUCUUGAUUUUCAGCAGUAUAACCAUUUCAAGUAUUACAAGAUAUGUUUAUGCGCACGUAGGCUGGUUCUCGAGUGAAAAGAAAGAGCUUUUAUAGAAAAAGUGAACUCCAGAUGUUUUGUUGAUUUCCGGCGGCCAUAUUGGUGGACCAAAACGGUACACCAAUAUGGCGUCUCCAUACAAAGCUCUACAAGGGUGCGUGAAACGUUUCGGCAAAUAACUCAGAAACUGUGGGCCACAAAGACCUGAGACUUGGACAAAUUGUUUAUAUAUUAGUCUUUUGUAACAUGUCAUUUUCUCGGCUUCUUCCACUGGACGGUUUCCAAUUUAUUUUUUUGUUGCGUGACAGUGAAAACGAUCUAUAGCUUUAGCGGAUUAUUGAUCGCAUUUAACCAGGGCGGCGUUUUCAAGUUCAUUCAUGAAUUUUGGCCAAUCAUGAACAAAGAAGGGAGACGUCGGUUGAUUUAACUUUGAAACAUUUAAUGAAAAGCAAAAAUGAAAAACAAAAACAGUUUAAAGGGCUUUUUCAAGUUGUCUGUACAUUCAGAAAAUUAAAACUUUCCGCACGGUACGCUUAGUUAACCUUUUUUUAAGCUUGGAAUCCUUGGACUUUUUCAAUACAAUAAACAAUUUAAAAAAAUCGCUUCUUGUGAACGUAAUUUGUCACCCAAAAUAUUAAUAGGUAAUCAACUGGUGAACUCGUGAAAUUAGGGAAUAAUUUCACGCGCGUUUUGUCCAAAUCCUAAUAAUUUCCCGAGCCUUUAGGCGAGGGAAAUUAUUAGGAUCACUCGUCACCAUUUGAUUACACAUACUUAUUCAUUCAAAAUAUUUGAAAUUACUUUCCAAAAAAACGUCUUCAUUCAUUAAAAGUGAUUUUGUCUUCCUCUUCAGGCCAAUCAACUUCCUACGCGGUAGACACAACCGAUUCACCAUUGCUGCUACCUUUGGAGCUACAGCCUCUACUUGCAUGGAACUUUUCUUCAGUGAGAAGACUGGCAUGUUUAUCGAAGGAGGUCCUCCAUGGGUGAAGGGUAAGUACGGGACCCCACUGCCGGACCCAUAAAUCCGUAAUACCUACGUACGGCGGAUCAUUUUACGUUUCUGGGAAACUGCCCAUCUACCCCUCCCCUAAACCAACAUUAACACUUAGUUCUUACUUAGAGCAAAAUGUUGGCUUAGGGGAGGCAGUUGCACGGAAGCGUAAAAUGAUCCCGUACGGCUAAAUAUAUAACAAUUAUUCACCGAAGUGGAGGUGUUAGCCACCGACACUGAGGUGAAUAAUUGUUUUAGUAUAUACUAAAACAGUGAGAUGAUUGAGCACAUGGUUUUUAACUCAUUUACUGUUGCCUGCAACGAUUACAAUUUUGGCACGCAGUGACCGAACGGCCGCGGUCGUCGCUUUUUCUUGCCGACAAAUAAAACUUUUGAAGGCAUUUGUUAAGCUCUUGCGGGGAAAUUUCCUCAAAAGGAGUUGUGAAUUCUUUUUGUAUUUAAAAUCAUUCCGUAAAAAGGAUUAUUAAAUUUAGUUUAAAGCUUAUUUAUGAAGAAGUCAACUAAAUAAAGUAACGCAAGACUUAAGCUUAAUUUGCAUUUGUAAACAAAAAACUUUAUCGCCGGUUUUAUCGAUAAAUUCAAGUCAAAAAGACAAAGCUUUACCAGUUAAAACUUCCAUCCGGAACUUCGUCACCUUCUUCGUGUAUUUCGGGAACAGCUUGCUUGAUUAGUUGUAAAAUUUCUUUGUUUGUUACGGCAGCAAACCGAGAAGGCAUUUUCCUCGAAACUUACGCGAGUUUGGUGUCGCUCGCUCGGAGAAACUGGAGGCGAAUCAGUGAAUAGUGCAGGAUAUUCACUGAUUGAGUAGCCAAUCGGAGCGCGCGAGAAACACUAUCCACUGUUUUAAUUUAUUAUAUACUAAAGUUACUUAUGCACCGGGGCAUAGCGGGAUAUAGCAGGGAUUUUACGCGGGCAAUGCCGGGAUUUAACACACAUUUAACAAAGUGACGGCCCCUAAGGCAAUGGAAUUAACAAAAUACGAGAAGUCUUUAGAAUCUCUUUUGUUAUAUUUUUAUUUUACCCGGAGCACCUUGAAUUUCCUUGCUUAUGCUAGCGCUAUUUCAGGAAAGAGAAAUAAAUACGUAUCGGUGAGAAGUGUAAUUGUUAUUGGUUGUAAACGUUGUGUAGUCGCAGAAAACGAUAUUAUCGUGAUAGGCGAAAAAAGUUUAUCCUAUGGGCAUACAGUCCUGCAAGAAUUCACCGGCUUAUAGAAAAUUUGGCGAGAACUCGUUGACGAGAAGUUCAUCUGUUGAUGUUUUGUCAUUUUCAAGGCAAAUAUGGAUCGAUCAACUUGUUCAUAUGAGCCUGGUCGCCCAGGAUGAAAUCGUUAACGUAUCUCCUGCUAUUACUUAUUUGAAAAAAAUAUAUUGACAGUAAAAUCCAAUCAUAACCCGCAGUGAUGAUGAACUCCCUUACGCCCCAAAGUCGGAAUGCGCAUGCGUAACCUGAAAAUCGUCUUGGUAUAUGAAGCUGAAUAGUUCUUCUUGAAAAAUGUCCAGGCCCAAAGAUUUCGAUGUCUAUCAAAAGACUUUUUUUUCACGAUUCUUGGUACAAGAAUCGAUGAGAAAAAUGUGAUAAAAAGAGGGUGUCCACCUUCGUUCCAGAAAACGCCUUUGAAUACCUUUGUUUUCACUUAGCUAUAUGUGCUGUUCGAAUGAUCGUUAUAGCCAAUUACAGUUGAAUAAUGGCUCGGUAAGUUCCAAGCGUGCCUGUCCAGCAUCUUGUCAUUUUUUUUUUUGGAAAAUUAAGCUGCAGAUGCCAUACCGUGGGGCCAGGUGGCUCAUACAAAAGCCCCACAGCGGGGCUUUAAAAAGGUUGCAAAUGCCCUACCCCGGGACAGCACCAAAAUUGCCGUUUCCAGUAAAAAAGCUGCAAAUGCCAUAUGAAUAGAAAAUCUGUAAUAAUCUGAUCAAAACGCGUAAGCGGCACCCUUCGCAAAUCGCUUCUAGCCGCCAGUUAUAAUUAUUGCAAAAAAGGUCACAUCGAUCUGAUUUAUAUAAACGACAGAACUAAGCAAGAAUUUAAUCAGUACCUCUCUUAUUAUUUUUGAAGGUAUUUAAGAUAGUGGAUGAUAAACAAAGAACCGACUGUCUUUUAAUAUGAGUAUUUUCCGGCAUCACGAUAGAACCGUUCCGUCAACGUAUUGAUCUGAUCGUCGCAUUGAUCAAACAAAACACGAAGUUUAUAAUAGCUUUCAAAUACCUCGUUUUCCAGGCCUCUCUGCCACAACCAUUCGCUCACAAAGAAAGUGUCUUUUCCAUUAAACUCUUGGAACGUUGCAUUAGUCGUUUUUCCUGUGCCAACUGAUCAUGAUGACAGGAAGCAAUUUCUUGAGACGGAUGCAUAAAAAGAAUACUGUAGGGUACGGUGAUAAUGGAGCGAAAAACCACACGUAUCUUUUAAAGCAUUUGAAAUAUUCUUUAUAGAAAUUUCUAUAGCUAUACAAAAAGGCAUAUUUUUAGAUGAAAUAUUGAACAAGGAACGAUGUUAACCGCCUCUAGAAGACCCUACCGCCGGGCGACAAAUGCCUGACAAAUGCCCGGCGGGGGGACACACUUGGAAUGGAAUUGACUGAGCUAUGAUUUGUCUGUACGGGCUCUUUUUCAUAUGGCCGCGGCUUGUUAUGUGCAGUGAUCUGAGCGAUUCACAGUUCAAAGCCACCCAAUCUCCUUGACCCUUAGCUUCAUGAGAGUUUACUUUCUUCUUCUUUCAAAGGAAAAUAAUAUAGAUGGGGUGUGCUUUCGGUUACGGAGCCAUUCGCCUAGUGAACCGGACCAUAAAAGAGGCUUUAGGGUGAUAUGAUCGAUCAAAAUACUGACCUUUUUAUGUUGUGUACAGUUUUUCAGGCCAUAAUUACCAUCCUUGUGUAUGGAAUUUUGUUCUACCCACUGUUUGCUUGUAUGACAACCGACCACAGGCUAGUUGGGUCACUUGUGGGAUUUCUUUACGUUUCUGUAUGGUAAGUCACAAAUUUAAAUAAACACAUCUUAAGAUGACGUGGGGGAUCUGGUACUGUCAGGUUUCCAUUCAAAGAAUUCGUUCAGAACAGGGAGCUGGGAUGUUAACAAAACGGAGAACGGGGAACGGGGAACGGGGAACAAACACGUAGAACGUGAAAAUGAAAAAUGCGAAGACAAAACUUAACUUUCAUCCUAACCCUAUCAGUAACUUUAUUUCCAGUUCUCUGUUUUGUUCCCACUUUUUGUUUUUCCAUUCCUCGUGCUCGAUUUCCGCCCCCCAUUCCCCGUCCAGGCGGUUAAAACUCUGUUGACAGCUCCACCAUCUUAGUGAAGCGCUUGUGUAGAUUAUGUUAGCCUGUGUAACUGGCGGAAUUGUUUUUGCGCUCGUGAGAGUCUUGGCGGCGAAUCCGCCAUUCACCGCACGGCUUAAUGGUCACAGCUCCUCUUCCAAAACGUCAUCGCGCGAACGAUGCCGCCGGCUACGGAGGCAAAGGAUAUUUUAGCUUAAACGCUCUGACCUAGAUACCCGUUAGCUUGAUUAGUUUUUCUGCACCCGCAUUCGUCCUAUCACGGAGUAUGCGAGUCCGGCCUUUUACGACGGUCUUUCUGCGUAUCUCUCAAAUGAACUUUGGGGGAGUACAAAAACAGUAGACUAUGCGCAUAAUUUUUCCCUGUCCGCUCAUACAGUGAGUCGUUUGUUGAAUCAGGCUUAUUUCAAUAUUCAAACCGACGCCAGGAACUUGUAUACAUACUAUUUAAGGAAGUCUUACAGAACGAACCGGAUAAGCUCCACGGCCUUCUCCUUGCUCUUACAGUGUAAUACCUGUACCUCGAACUGAAAAAAACACACGGAAAUUUAGGCCCGUUUUCGAGACCAAUAGAUUUCGUAACCCAUUACCUUCAAUUCCUUCAAGGCUUAAACAGUGUUUGUAUAGUUUUACAAUUUGCGAUUGCCUUUUACUGAAUUUUAUAUGUUUUUAUUUUUUAACAAAUCUUAAGUUUAUUGUAGUGCAUUUACAUAAUGUUUACUAUAAUCCGUUUUUUACAUAUUUCUAUAUAAAUUAGCUUCAAAUUAGUCGCAGUAUUUUCAAGUAAUUAUAUUCAAAUGUAAAUAUUCGCCUAAUUCAACUUAUGGUUAUUAUUAAUAAACUUUCAAUCAAUCAAUCUAUCUAUCUUGAUAGAAGAGUAACCCAUUUUCGUGUUGAUCAAGGACAUAGUAAGCUUGAGCGUCUUUCUGUGUUCAAAUAUAAUCGUAUCAGCUCUUUCUGUCAUCAGAAGGUGCUGUUCAGGAUUUUCUUAGAUGCUGAUUUUCAAAUGUUAGCCUCGCAGAAAGUUGGUAGACUAUCGCCUCCCUCGGUUAGCGGCCUAUCUACCUGCAAGCAACCAAAAAAAUACAUCUGGCCCGGAUAUUACCCCUCCCCCGUAUCUUGUAUUGAAAUGAAUUCGAUUAUUACGACAUUUUGAACUUUGAGAGAGCCAGCACUGCUAUGUCGCUUGUUUUGAAACGCCUUUUUAGUACCGUUGUAAACGCCCUCCCGUCCCACUUAUCACCCGUUCUAAAACCCCGUACGAAAAUGUAUAAACCCAGGGAUUCUAAGGGGAGUUUGAUAGUAUUUGUAUAAAUUAUCAUGUGAUCAUCAAAUUCACACUUUUUCAUCGGCUAAUUUUCCUAUCAGUUUGUUGACAAUGAUUUUUUUCCUUUAUAAAGGUUUUCCUUUGGAGUUGCAAUAGAUUUCCAGUGCAUCAACAGCUUUGGAGUAAGGAGUGAUUAUUUUUAAUAUUAGUUACAACAGCCUUUGAGCUUAAUACCGUUUACCCAUCGUCAUAAAUAAAUAAGCUAUUCAAUUGCCUUACAGAGUAUUUCCAGUGUGCUGAUGACAGUUCAAAUUAUCUCCGGUCUUCCAACCUACAUCUGCCUCAUCUUUAUUGUCAUAAGGUUUGCUGUUCUGCUUUGCGUGGAAGUCCAAAGGAAAUGGUUCCAUUCCUCAAGGGAACCUAAUAAGGUAGACAACAGACGUUAAUAAUUAAUUAUUUUGGGCGAGAAGGGGAGCGAGCGAUCCUAAUCUCCAGGUUGCUAUUACGCAUUUAUUUCACGAAAAGGGCCAGCCCAGAGCCGCCAUUUUUAUAUAGAGAUUAGACGCAAUGCGCAUGAGCAGUGUAUUACCCGCUAUACUGUUUCUCGCUUGUUUCAUUCGGCAGGCCGAUCCGCAAGCGUGAUUACUUGAAAAAUUUCCGCUCGGGAUCUCAAUACUGGGAUCCCAGCUAACGGGGCUGGCUCGGUUGUCAUAAUAUAAUCGCAAGGUUGAUUUCUGUUUCUUUUAACUAAGAUGCCGUGAUCCGGCUGCAAUGCGAGCAAGACCGGCCAGAUUUUACGGUACGCCCUCCCCCUUGACCUAACCGAUUUGUCAAAGCCUCCCGAACACACACACAAAAUUUCAGCCCCCCCCCCCCACCCCCCCCCCCCCCCCACCCCCACCCCCCCUCUCUUUCACACAUUUUGUGUUUUUUGACAAAAACGCCGUGCACCGCCGGCAAUGGGACAAAACCCGCCCCGAUUUUCCGUGACCCCCCCCCCCCUGGCCUUACCCAUUUGCCCAACCCCCCCCAAACACCCCCAAAAAUUUCCCCCCCCCCCCCCCCCCACCUCAACAUCUUCAUGCCCCCUUCUCUUUAUUAAAUGAACUUUCCGUUAUUCAAGUUCUUUCCAUACAAAUAUUACCAAAAACAACCGAAAAAUAAUUCUAAAAAAAAAAUUCAGAAAGUCUAACAACGUUUAUAUAAAGUACUAGUAUGUUUUCGACUAUUGAUGACAUCUUUCACAACUACCACUUCAUUUCAACAGACUGCAACUACACUGUCACUUCAUAACCAAAUUAGCACUCCCACAGCUACUUCACUGCAACAUCUAAAAUCACUUUUACCUUCCAAAAAAAUAUUUUUUGUUACUUCGUAUUAAAUUCUACGAGAAACCAGUUUCACUGAUUAACAAACUACAGCCAUUAUCUUAUCAAUCCACGUCCAACUUAAAUCCACCCCUUCCACUCCACACAUCUCAACUAAAACCUAAAAUAUACAACGCUACUGCACUACUCACAAAAAACUUCACACACACCUGGUAUAUCCAAGGCUAACAGAAUGCUCGGUGUUAAGAGAACUUGUAAAGGUCUGGAUGACCCUAAGACCUUGCGUACUCUUUACUGCUCAUUGGUCCGCUCAAAUUUGGAAUAUUGUUCAGUGGUGUGGUCUCCAUAUACAAAGAGAAAUACUGAUAAGCUGGAAAGAGUACAGAGAAGAGCGACUAAACUUAUCUUAAAAAGAAGUUAAACCUCAUGUCACUGGAGAAGAGAAGAUCACUGGCUGACGUGACUUUCUUAUAUAAAGUGCUUAAUGGCAACGUUGAUAUUGAAAUCAGUAAAAUUAUAGAUUUACACUCAGAAGCUGACCGCUUCUCACUUAGGGCUAAGGACUCUUUAACUUUAAAGAAGAAAUAUGCCAGAACUAAUGUCUUGAAGUAUAGUUUUUUCCAUAGAAUUACUGACCAGUGGAAUCAACUACCGUUAGACAUUCGUGUUUCUGAUAAUGUAAAUAUUUUUAAGUCUAGAGUUAGGAAAUUUUUCAGUGAUUUUUAAGUAGCUUUUAUAUUUCUGUAUUUUCUGAAACUAUUAUUUUAUUGUGUUUAUAUAUAUUUUUAGGUGAUCUGUUUUUAUAUGGAGUCUAGGACUCCUUUACAGUUCAUCCUUUGGUUUUUUAAUCCAUAGAUUGUAAGCAAAUAAAUAAAUAAAUAUCGACGCCCAAAUAUACGCUCCACAGCGUCUUGUUUAAGAAAAGUGAAUCUAUAGCAUGAGGAUCGACUCGUGUGACCAGCAUUUGCGUUUUCAUUCAUGUACAGCAUACCCAGUUUUGCUCGAAAAAUAGUCUUUAUGUAGCAUAAAAAGAGUAGAUUCUUCUACGGUUACACUGAAUCAUUCAAAAUUUCUCAUAUAUUAAACGUACCUAUGUUAUUUUUUAGGGAACUGAAGGAAUAGCAGGGGAGCCGGAAAUAGUGCACGUGCGGAAAUUAUUUAAUUCCGUGCCAAGCAUGUAAGUAUUUUUAAAGCCACUUAUUGACUCGAGUAAUGUGUAUGAAAAUUUGCUCAAGAACAUUUAUUUUAGCCCAAAUAUUAUCUUGAGGAUAUUCUCCGUAUCCUCCUACAAACUCUCACUUUUUUAAUAAAAAUACUUUUUACAUAACAACAUUGAAUUUUAUUUGUGCCAGGCCUUUAUCAAAUGCAUUUGUCACAUAACAUUCGACCAUGACUCUCAUUAGCAUGGGUAAAUAAGAUAAUAAUAUAUUUCGAUAAAUGUUGUUGUUGUUUUAUGAAGUCUAGUUAAUCAAUUUUCUUUUCAAGGAGUUCGGCAGAGGUGAAAUGGUACAUGAAGGCGAUUUACUUCUUCUACAAACCAAGGACAGGUGUGUGAGACCGUCUUUUUGAAAAAACCAGUAGGAUUGUUUUAAGUAAGUAAGUAAGUAAGUAAGUAAGUAAGAACUUCAUUAUACAUGUAGUGUCGAGGUCGCUAGCAUACAAUGUACACUAAUUGGGGACAUCUAACUACAAUUACUUGUCUAACGGUCAAUAAAAUAAUGUAAUAAUCAAUAACAUAUGAAAUGUAUGUCGAAGAUAUUAGCUAUAUAGUGUAGCUACUCUAAAAUUCGAAUUGAAAUAAAGGUUAUGUAUGUGUGUGUGUAUGUCCACACAUAAAAAAAUUAACAAAGGGAAGGCGCUGUCCUCUUCGAGCCGAACAGAAGCACUACACCUUAGAGGUAAUGUAAGCAGCGCAAGUCUAAAGUAAUUACCCAAGAAACUCACUAGUGUCCGGAAUGACAAGCAUACUUGCUGUUUAAGCAAUUUAUUAAGAUUAAGAGGCGCGAUACUUGUAGGACCGAAAACAGAUGCGAGACAGGUAACCUUUUUUUAAUGGGAGGUAUACUCUGAAUGGGCACCUUUGUGUUUUAUUGAAUGGUAUAUAAAAGGAUAAAGGUUUGGGCCUCGGGGAUGGCCUACGCUGUAUGAGUACCCCCCCCCCUUCCCGGUAUUUAGACACUUUGUCUUAAUAAAAGGCCUACCGCUUAGUAGAUCGAAAGCCAUGAGGAUUGCUUUGACUCUUUAGUGUGGAUUUCUUAAGAGAUCUAAGGGAAGGAAGGAAGGUCUUUUCGUGUGAAAAAAAUGUGUUCGGUUUCAAUCGAUCCGGAUUCGUGUGGACGAAGCCCUUACGAAAACGACACAGCUUCAACCAUGGACAAAAGUCCCUGGGACAGUACUGCAGUAUCGUUAUUUUUCUGUCAUUUCUCGGUUCCCUCAUAAGACAGUGCAUCCUUUUCGAAAUUUUCUUGCAUUUCUCCCUCCCCCACUCUACACAAAGUUGAAACUCGGAAAAGAAUUCUUGAUACUCGCAUCCAACAUUGUUUGUGGGAUGAUGGGUUGGACCUGUGUGAAUUGGAAAGCGCCCUAGAAAUGCAAAAGUGUCGCAAGACUUUUGUCCAUGAUUGUAGAAUAUUCCUGUUUGCUGUACAGUAUUUUUACCUUGUCUAACAAAAUCUGAUUUUUUCAGAUUUCAAGUUUUCGACCCAAUUUGUAUCUACUCUGCUGGUUGCUUUUAUAGCUGUUUUUGAGGUAUGUUUAUUAUUUCGCAAAUUUGCGAAUAUGCUUUCUGAAGUUUCAUUGCAAGCUUUAAAGCAAGCAGAUACAUGUAGACCGACAUUAUUUACGCGGGGUUAUCCCGCCCCCUGCAUUCUCAUCGCAUUCCCGUAAUUUAAUAAUAUUAAUAAUUUAUAAAUUUACUAUAGCGCCUUUUAACAUAUAAAUGAUCAAAAGCGCUUUACAGUCAUACUAAUUAAAAUUUAUGAAAUGAAUCUAUGAUAGAUGAAACCGAUAAAAAAUAGAAAUGCUGAUAAAAAUACAAUAAAACAAAAAUGAAAAAAAAUCAAGUUAAAACUACGUAAAAGCUAAUUAACAAAUAUUGGCGUGCAGAUCAAUUAUUUGCCGAAGCCGAAGGCUGAGGCAAAUAAUUGAUGUACGAGACACUGGCAAAUCACGAUAUUUUGUGAUAACCGAGUUCACUAAUUGUUUUAUCAUUCGAUCAUCAAGUUUGUUUUUUAAUGAAUGUCUUCGGGAAGCGAAGCGAUCUGCCUUUUUUCACGCAAGAACGUAUCACGCGUGGUUUCGUUUACGCAUGAGCAGAGUAUUAUUUGCAGCCAAACACUUCACCGGCGAAAAAUGUCUGCGCAUGCUCUACUAAAAAUGACACGUGAUCGAUUUCGCGCAAUGGCAUUGGCUCUGAGGCAAAAAUGCCCGGGAAAUGUUGUUGAGAUGAAAGGGGCGAUGGCAGCUUUUUUUGGCAGUGACAGCGUUGCAAUUUCUUGCCACUGUAAGAGAUCAAAAAUUAUUUUGGUCAAAGUUUCGACGGAAGUGUGUUCUCUAGAGAAUAUAGCGUCCUGAAACUGGCGAAAAAUUGCAUUGGCAUGGUCUGAUUUAGUGUUAUUGACGUUGAGAUCGCUGGUUUGCGUGUGGAAGACAUGCCGAAAAGGUGGGUAAUUUUUGCUCUUUUUGUUUACUGCAUGUUCCGUGCAACUCGGUACAAAAAGAAAUUAUAAAGUAGUGGAAGAAAAAUUAUUGGGCUUUGUUUUGGUAUAUAAAUUAGCUUGUACCGAGUUGCACAGAAGGGAGAGUUUUGUUAAAUGUGUAUCCCGUUUUUGUGUCAAAAUUCGACUUUGAUUGUGAAUCUAGCAUUCGAUAACAUUCGACUGUUGAUCGAAGACCGUAUUACAAUGCUACCCAAAAUGUUUAUGUUGUUUAGAUCAAGUUUUUUAUCACGGAUUCAACAAAAAAAGUAGAGGGACAGACAUUUUUGGGCUUUGUUUUAUUAGUAUGACUUUGCGUGUACUUUGUCGCUGGAAAAACUAUAUUUAGAUGCUUAAUCUCCGCAUGUUUACAAUGUUUAUGGCAGAAAAAUACGUUUACGCUUGGUUCAACUUAAUUAAUCUCGUGUCACUCGGUACAAAAGGAAAUUAUAAAGAAGGUAAAGAAAUAUUCUUAGCCAUUUUCUUUCUGUGUAAAUUGUCUUGUGGCUAGUGGAUAUCGAAAGCAGCCGGGUUGUGGCAGUUUUCUAAAGUGCGUAGUUCGAAACGUGAUUUUGUCGAUCGAUGCAAAUUUCAUUGUUGUUGCACGUUAUUACAGCUUUGUACGUUACCAGUUUUAUGCGAACUGUCGAAUGAGAAAAUGUGAGAAUGUUCCCAUUAAAACACUUGGACCGUCUUGGAGCUACAGUUCGAUAGGUCCAGCAACAUUCUGAUUUGUGAAAAAAAUUCUGUUUACAAUGUGCACAGCUGCUGUACAUUUAGGCUUGCAAUUUUAUAAUUGAGGGAUCGAAGUUUAGAUUAUUUUGCUCAUAAAUUUGGCUUGGGAUUAUCCACAAACGAGUUACUUCGUUAGGAACCGCACUUACGGACAUGAUUUCCUCCGUGUGCAAUUUUUUAGUACUAAAUUUUUGCACACAAAGCUUUCUGUGGGGGGUGCUUCUUUGAUUGAAAAUUGGAUCCUGGAAGGAGAUGAACAGGGUAAUAUUCCUGAGAAUGCUUUUGUUUUUCUGUUCAUCUUCGGCUUAAUUUUUUUUGGCGCAAAGAUAUGAGUGAAUGAUAGAGUUAUUCCAAGAAAAAAAAAAUAAUCCUCACAAAUUAAACUUACAGAAGUUUAAAGUUUGGAAUAAACUUUGAGUCUUAAUGAAAUUUUAGUUGGAUCAUGUUGAUGAAUGCAGUUGUGUAGGAUAUGCAGUUUCCAAUUUUGAUCUUCUGUCAGAAUUAUGAGAGAACACUCAAAUACAGAUCUCAUUCAAACGUUAUAGUUUCAUGGUAAUUAUCAUUUGCUUCUUUUCCUAUUAACUUCUCAUCAGGUCUUCAUUUUGCAUGAAUUUAAUGUUGUAUAUAUUUGAAGGAGUUGUUGUUUCACAGUGAAGUAUUUUUCGCUUUGUUUUUUUGAUAUGAAGUUGAGUUUCUUCUUAGUUGUUGGCUAAGGCAGUGUUGAAGUAUCUGACAUGUUAACAUACUUUAUUGUUCAUUUCUCUUCAGAAAAGAUUGAUUGAUCCUGAAUCAAACAAAGUGCAGCUUCACAAACAAGAUUUUGACCAACAAAUGUGUACUCAAGCAAAGUAUAUGUCCCUGACAGUGUCAAUAAAAUUGAUUAAUGGAAAGAUCUGGGUUUUUACUCCUUUGUAGCACUUUUGACUACGCAUCACUUUUCUAACCUAUAUAGUAAAAAGAUCAUAUAGUAUAAUCAGUAUUUUUUGCAACUAACAUAUUUGCAAUCAAAGUUCUUUUCUUUCAUAUAUAGUUUUCCCUAAUUUUAAAAAUUUCAUCAUCUUAUUCAGAUCAAGCACAGUAACCAUUGAAAAGAAAAAAGAAGAAAAAACCUGCUCGGUCAUAGACGACUUAAAGUUUUGAUAUUAAAAUUGCAAUGAAAACAACAUGAAUGCAGACACCACAGUUCAUUUAGCUCAUGUUCAAGCUUUUUAUAAAUUAGAAAGUCUUGCUUGAGAAAACAUAAUUUUGCUUUAUCUUUUCAGUAAAAAAAAAAAAAACUUCCAGGUGUCUAAGGAAUUUCAAAGGACCCCUAGUGUCUUAUUUCUCUGCUGCAUUGAGCUGUGAACAAGGGCCGUUCCUUCUAGUGACCCGGCUUUCAUCAAAAGUAUUGUUGUCCUUCGUGAUCGUGAAGAGUCCCCCCGAAGAGUCCGCAGUUGAAUCCGGUAAACCGGCCAAAACACGAGCAUCGCAGGGAACGAAUCCAAUAGGAAUAGGUGAAAAAGGAUAAUAAAAAGUCAAGGCUAUUCUAAAAAUAUCCGUAUAUGCAUUUGCAACUCAUAUUAAGCCGCAAUUAACCUUCUUUCCACUGGUAUAAACAAACGAUGGAGGUAUUGCCGCCAUUUUGAAUUUGGCAAUGUCACGUGGUCGCGCGUCGACCAAUCAGACAUUUUUCGCCGGUGAAAGCCAAACACAGUUGGACGACAUUGCCGAUGAGCAGACCAUUAUUUGUAGGCAGUUAUUUGCAGGUCACGUGGUGGGCUUUCAGCCAAUGAAAAGGAAGAAAAAUUUGCAUCGAAUGAUAAAAUAAAUGAUGUGUUUUGACUUGUCUCUUAAAAGCGCACAGUGAUCCGAUAUCACGGGCAAUUUUCCACUUUGAGAACAGGGGGGAAGCUUUAGCAUCGACCAGUCACAUGUAAUAUAUAGAUUUAGCCAGGGCUAAAAGCGAAGCUUCCAUUAAUAAAUUUAUAAUUUAAAUCAGACAAUAAACUCGUAAUCCACAAAUCAGUUAACUUAAGGGGCACAUGUGACUUUUUUGGGAAAGCUAAGGCUAAGUGAUUUUAGUUUUAAUUGAUAGCCGUAUAUAUACACCCAAAAAAUAGCAAUCAUCUUCGAUCACAUUUAAGAGCCAUAAUGGCUCUUGAUCACAGUAGAUUAGGCCUGGAAAACGAAUUCUUGCAAAACAAAUCAGGCCGAAUUUUUUGCGUUCGACAAGUUUACUUAACAAAAUCUUGCCAACAACUCUGGGUGUGUGUAAACCAACAUUUCAUAUUUUUUAUACAUCACAUCUGAGGUGAAACAGUAAUAUGAGGUGCUGUUUUUAUCAUACAGACCUCAGACAAAAUGGAGUAUUUCACAAUUUUUCAAGACAAAUUGCACUCAUUCAAUAUUCAGAACCGUACGAAGCUCGCGUGGGCUUUUAGCAAAACCGUUCAAAAAAUUUCCAAAAUCACCUAUACGGCCAGCCGGUUCUCACUUUUGACAAGCGCCAAAUUUUCAGUCAACAUUAAGAGAGUUACGCUUCAACAUAAUAAAGAAUUUAUUGUGUUUAUUUUUUUUUUAUUUAAUGGUUUUAUAACGAUGUGUAAUCUUAGGCCCCGUCCACACGUAUCCGGAGAUUUUUGUAUCCGCAAAUUUUUUUAUGCGGAUACAAAAAUAUCUGCGUCCACACGUAGCGUAAACGAAUUGUACACGACCGUCCACACGUAUCCGAUUCGUAUCCGGACAUCUCAAAGGAUUAGUCAACAGAGCAUGCGCACUAUUACAAAGAAAGCUGAGCCUGCGAUAAUUUUGGCGCCAAAUUCGCGGCUUUCUUGUUUGUUUACUUGAGGUUUCAACACGUGUGAGCUUGAAGAGCGAAAAAAAUUCCUGUUAAAAAACACCAUAAAAAAUGUCUCAAUUAAGAGAAAAACAGAAAAAAACCAUAGACAACUCAUUUGUUUGGACGGACGAUGAAGUAUUGCUGCUUCUUAAAGUGACAUUGGAUUACAAAACAGCAAAGACUAUGGAAAAUAUCGAUUGGGAGUCGUGCCAAACCAAAUAUUCUGACAUUUUAGAUCUCUUCAAUGACCAAUAUCCUUCACAAGAAAAUGCUUCUUCAAUUGGGAAAGAUUACCCACAUAAGAAAGGGGAACUAACUAAGUCAAUUUUGACUUCCAAGCUGAAACAUAUUCGUUAAAAGUUCCGUCAGGCUGUUGACAGUGGUAGAAGAAGUGGUCAUGGCCGUGUUGUUCUGUUAUACUUCGAGCAAUGCGAGUUAGUCUGGGGUGGUUCGCCUGCCACAGAAACCAUACCGUCAAGAGUAGAAUCUACAGAUAUUGAUGAUACCAAUACUACUCCUGAAUCUGUUAGUACUAAGUCUUUUGACAGUGAGGACGAUUCAUUUAAUGCUGACCAGGAGUCAGUGGGUAGUCCUGAGCCAACACAACAAGCUUCAUGCAAUUCAAGUAGUAAAGACGUCAACUAAAGAAGAGACUUACUAAAUGCAAAAUUGAAAGAAUACAGAGGCGAAAAGUUGAAAAGAAAGCUACCAGUAGAUAACCAGCUCUUAAAUGUGUCUGAAGAGGAGCUUAAAAUUAAAAAGCAGCUAUUAGAAAGGAUGGACCAUAUGGACAAAGCCCAUUUGAAUCACAUGGAAAAACUAACAAAUAAUAUGGAGAAGCUCACUGGAUCCAUAUCAGAAGGAUUUGCUAUGCUAAGGCAAAUGAUGUGCCAAGCCCCUGGUAUGCAGCCACACUAUAUGGCACCACAGCAAAAUUACAUGUAUAAUAUGCAAGCACCACCCCAAAGACCCAUUGAUGACAACUCAAGAAACUCGAACAGAGGACAUUUUUCUUAUACCCAGUCUUUGUUUUCGACUGAUGAUAACAAUUAUUAAGAUAAUUUUUUAAUCAUAAAAUCUAGAUAAGUUUUUAUUGUUACUAGCAUAUAAAACAUAUUGUUACAGUUCAGUUGCAUUAAAUAUGCAAAAAUACCAAGUAUAGGCAGUUGAUAA